CCCGCAUCCCUCCUCCUCGCCUAUUUAAGGGACGGCCGAUAUGCUCUCCAGGAGGCCGCUCGCCGCCGCGCUACGCCUCGCGCCCCUCUCCCCGCCCCUCCUCCUCUUCCUCGCCUCUUCAUCCUCGUCCUCGUCCACCGCCUCCUGCUCCCCCGCCGCUUCCAGCCCUAGAGGCUGCAGCGCUCUGAGGAUGGAUACCGCUGCCGUGGAAGCUGCAUCAACUGGGGCAAUCUGGUCGACACCCUCAGCUGAGCCCAGGAGCAUUUCGAUUGGGAAGCAGAUAUUCUGCAACAGGUCACUCAACAUGAGGAACAUCACCGCUGUUGGAUUUGAUAUGGACUACACUCUUGCGCAGUACAAGCCCGAGACGUUUGAGGCCCUUGCUUACAAUGGCACCAUCGAGAAGCUUGUUAAGGAUCUCAACUACCCUGAGGAGCUGUUAACAUGGCAAUUUGACUGGAAAUAUAUGGUCAGAGGACUAGUUCUUGAUAAGAAGAGAGGAAAUAUCUUGAAGAUGGAUCGGCACAAGUAUGUAAAAGUUGCAUACCAUGGAUUUAGGGAGAUGUCGAAGGAAGAAAAAGUUGCUGCCUACGGGAGUACAUUGAUAAGGGAUUCCUUUGAUGAACCUGAUUAUGCCCUUAUAGACACACUAUUCUCACUGGGUGAAGCCUAUCUAUUUGCCCAGCUUGUUGAUUUCAUGGACAGCAAUCCUGGAAAAGUACCUGCAGGCACUGAUUAUGCGCUUAUGUAUAGAGAUGUGAGGUCUGCGGUUGACUUGUGCCAUCGUGAUGGAACUUUAAAACGAAUGGUUGCAAAGGAACCUGGCAGGUAUAUCAAUGAGGACUUGGCAAUUGUACCAAUGCUUGAAAUGCUAAGAAAAUCUGGACGCUCAACAUUCUUGGUAACAAAUAGUUUGUGGGACUACACUGAUGUUGUCAUGAACUACCUAUGUGGGCCAUAUAUAUCUGAUUUGGGAUCAAGUCACAAGCAGAAGUGGCUUGAGUAUUUUGAUGUUGUUAUAACAGGCAGUGCAAAGCCAAGUUUUUUUCAUGAUGAUAAUCGAACAGGACUGUUCGAAGUUGAGCCUCAUUCUGGAAAACUUCUAAAUGCUGAUCUGCAGAUUGGAAGCCCAAGAUCAAGUCAACAUCAGCCAAAACCAACUCACAAAGUUUACCAGGGAGGCAAUGUUGGUCAUCUUCAUAGAUUACUUUCUAUUGCUUCUAGUUCACAGAUCCUAUAUGUUGGCGAUCACAUAUACGGCGAUAUACUGCGCAGCAAGAAAGUCCUAGGUUGGCGGACUAUGUUGGUAAUACCUGAGCUGGAGCAAGAGGUGAAGCUUCUUUCUGAAUCAAAGUCUACUCGAAAGGAGCUUAGACAACUUAGGAUGGAGCGUGACUCAGUUGAAGACAGAAUCCAUCGCCUUGAAUGGUCUCUUCAAUUUGAAAAUCUUGCAGAAAAUGAGAAGGAAAAGUUGUUAACUGAGCAUGCCAAUCUACUGCAACAGCUGAAGGGUAUCCGCUGCCUUCUCCGAGAUGCUCAGUUGCAACAUCAUCAGAAGUUUCACAAGGUGUGGGGGCAGCUUAUGAAGACUGGAUACCAGAAUUCCCGUUUUGCUCAUCAGGUCGAGAGAUUUGCGUGCUUAUACUGCAGCCAAGUUACAAACUUUGGUUUAUAUUCUCCCAACAAGUAUUACCGCCCAAGCGAAGAUUACAUGCCCCAUGAGUUCGAUGUGCUUGGCCUGUAGGAACUAAUUUAUGUUCAUGCUGAAUCGAAGUUCUCUUUGGAAGUCUUGGCUGCAGCAAAGAUAUGAGCAUGAUCUAAGCAUGAAACCGAAUAACAAUCUAGUGUCCUAUUUACCACCUUAAACAAAUGAUGAGGUUACCUGGUGAAGCUUCACCCAUUUUACAUGUUUAUAUGUAGUAACUAUAGUUGCUCAUAGAAAAUUUACAUGUUUCCCUUUUUGUACAUAACAUAUAUUAACAGAGGGUGAAUGAAAGUAAUGUUGA